AUGCUCGGCCGGCUCUUGCACCUGGGCACCGGCGGUCCUUCGGUCACGCCCUCUCAGGCGGCGGCCAAGACGUCGAGGCCAGUAUCCUCACUUGAAUCUGUUCAGGAGGAUAUUCAUACUCGCAAUCUUCUUUUCCCGGAUGCUCAAGCUUUAUAUCAACACCGCAAUGACCAGGUGUUUCCUCUAUCUACAACUCCAGCUACCCCGGCAACAUCCACAGCCAACGCUUUCGACUACAGCGGCGAUGUCGACCUCGAUGUGCGCGACGUCCGGGUCAUUAUCAUGCAGGAUGCUUUAGGUCCUACCAACGCCUCUCUCCUCUUUGACAGUCAUCCAGCUCCUCCAGUGUCUCCGAUAGAAAGGCCCGUUGUUCCUCAAGAACUUCGCCGUACUCCAACCUCGCCGCGCAAGAGCAGUCUUAGUCAACUCUCGCGCCCCCUCGUCAUCCAGCCCGAGGGUCCUCAACCGCCUCCGCGGCAAGGCGCUUUUGACCGUCGAGCUUCUUUGCAGGGACGCAGCCAGGUCCAUAUUGAGACGGACGGUCAGAAAGCUGCGCGUGAGUAUCGGGAGGAACUGGCAACCUUUUCUAGCUGCAUUUUUGGAAACUCCGAGUUGAUGUCCUACAAGGGGACCUCAACAAAGGUACAUGUAGUACCAGGCGACUCCCGACCUGUCGAUCCCUCCGGCGGUAUUCUAGGUGAUGGUAGGAGCUCCAUUGGCCGCUCAAGUGCUCGCUCCAGCCGUCUUUCGCAGUCGUUCUCCUCGACGACCUUCUCACCAACCAACGUCUCUAGUGCAGCGCAUGCUCAUGCUCAUACACCACGCCAGAGUGAGAAGAAGAAGGUCCUCAUCACUCGCCUCUUCCCCGUGAAUCUAGCUGCAGAUGACACCGACACCAACGUCUCGCCUCCGAGCCGCUACACAGACGAAAGCUCCGGCUUCCCGUUCCCUUCGCCAAAUGACGAAUCUGGGCAAAAGAAGAAGAAGCCGCAGCCCAAGCAACGACGCACACCAAUGUAUGCCGUGGUUCUAGUUGUCCAGCUCCCCGCUGCUCCUCCUUCGACCCGUACGCCUGCUGCAUCCCAGCCAAAACAGCGCGAAUCAAGUUCCUACGACCAGGAGUUCUUCUCUUCAUCAUUUAGCUCAGCUCGACCUUCAGGAUGGGCCAUGGUUGGCUCCGGUAACUACGGCGAUGGAACCGAGUCAAACUUCUCAGUCGAUAUGGAGGACCGAAUCGAUUCCCUAACCCGGCACUGGGACAUUAUCAUGAGGACCUUGACGCAUCUCCAAUCGGUAGUUGCAACUAUUCUAGGAACGAUGCUCAGGCAUGUCGAUCUUUCUUCCCCUGGAGCCUUUUCGACAUCAGUCACCUCGAACAAAACCGGCAGGACGCCAUCUUUCUCGGACCGACGCCCUGAGAUGCCUCGGGUUAAGCCCCCGAAGAGCACUACAAAACUGGUAUCAUUGUGGCCCAACUGUCUUGCGGAUGAUGCCAACGUUGCGGGUGAGGUGGAUGCGGCGAGACAUAGAAUUGUCAUGGGCCUAAGCGCGGCCAGAGUCGUUACUGGUCAGGGGCGAUGGGGAAUAUGGCGAGAUGAAGCUCGAUGGACGUGCAAGUGGACUUCUGGAAUCGACCAUCACAACCAAUUCUUCUACAAUCUCCUGACCGGGUUUCUCGCCACUCACACCGACUGGCUUCAGGCUCUUUGCCCCCCUUCGUACCGAAGACGUCUCUUUUUGCAGCAGAAGAACCGAAACGAGGAGGACCUGUCACUCCCGGCACGGACAAUCAUUGUCUCAGAGGAUAAGAUGGCGGCUCGACGCAUGAUCUUUCUUCUCUCGGCCUUCCUCCCCGCGAAUUCCCAGUUUCCUACGACCCGGGCCCAUCGUCCUAGCACAUCGACUUCAGUCGGCACGUUCUCGAACUCUCCUCCGACCUUUGUGAUCCCCGUUCUUCGAGAGGAGUCUCUCCGCCGCAAGAUUAAUCGUCGCACUGGACUUCGUCGAGCUUCACACUCUCGGACAACCAGUCAGAGCGCAAGGGCUUCUGCUGUGCCCAUGCAGCUAGCUCACCUUACCAUGGAUCGUAAUCACGAACGGCGCGUUUCGGAUGCUGCCUCGAUCCGACCAUCUAACUUUGGCAUGUUUGGUAACGACAUGGUUAGCAGGAAGAGCAGUGCCGCAACUACCACGACCGUUCUACCCGAAACCACGGUGCCACACUUUUCCACUAUUCAACGUGUCGAUACGCAUAGGAGGCCUCGACCGAGCAGCAGUGGAAGCGUGGCCACGGAUGACCUGAAGCGCUCCCUCAAGCGAGGAGAGAGCACGGGCGGGAUGAGCAAUGCCAGCAGCGACUCGAGGAGCCAGAGCUCGCGCUGGGGCAGUGUCAUCAGCGGUCUUUGGAGCACUCGCCGCAGAGAUUCCACCACAAUGAGCAGCUACGGACAGAUAGAUCCGAAAUCCCCCACCAAGCAGGCUUUCCCCAGGGCAGACAAACUAUCUCAGAUGGUGGAGGAAGUGACUCUUGGCGAUGACCUCCACGCCCCUUCGUCGUCGGCUGCUCGUCCUUCGAUGGAGGCUCGUGAGACGGGCACACCACGAGAAUGCAAGGGUCACAGCAGGGAACCAUCGAUCCGACCAGAACGAACACCAGAUCCCAAUGGUGCUUUCGAGUCACCGGUCAAGACAUCCAUCAAUGCCGAUGACGGGGUCAUUGACGUGGACAUUUCUUUCCCGGACUACAUGACAUCUUUUGAGUCUGCAAUCAGCUCUCCCUCCAGCAGUGGCUAUCUUUCCACCCCAGGAUUCCAAGGAGGAUUAGAUUCUUUUGAACAAGCUUCCCGCCUGUGUGUCGAUGGAGACCUCCCGCUCAAUGCUGCGGGCUGGCUCAAUCGCUAUCACCCCGACUUUGCGGUUCAAGCAAUCCCCCCCCAGGAGGACCUCAUGGAGCAGGUCAAGGCGUCCCUUCGGGCCGAGCCAACCCCUGCUCCAGCUUUUCCUCUGCUCGACCUCUCGGAGCGUUGGGUAGAGGUGAGCUGUGUCAUGAUUGCUGACACUACAACUAACUCGAUCACACGUCUUCGUUAUCGCCGACUGGUGAAGCCACGGGCACCAGUUGAUCGGCCAGCUUCCGGACCUGCAGCGUUCUCCACAUCAUAUGGAGGGGUUUUGACUCCCUCGAUUCUCCCCUAUGAGACCCAGCUGGAAGAGGAGUGGAUCGAGGAGCCUGUGCUACACUCGGACGAGACCCUGACUGACGCUGUUGAGAGGGUCAUCAGCCUCAACCAGGAUACCAGCAAGGACCACUCACUGGCCUCAUCACAGACACAUAGCGAGGUCCGCAUGAGCACCGAAGCUGAGGAGCCCGUCUCCAUCACAGCACCCGAGACACCGGCAUUGCCCAAUGCACCUCUGGAGAUCCCCCGUGUCCAGUGCAAGACUGUGGUGCUCUCUGCGCUGGAAGACUGCAUUCGCGAAGUCAUCGAUGUGCGCGAGAAGAGGCACCUCGAGACAAAUGGCAAUGCGAGAAACACACCAUCACGAAACCUACUUCAUGACGCCAUCAACAUAUGGCUGGACAACUUGGAUAUUACCAAUGGAUGA